AUGGACUUGUCUAAGCUGAUCAAUAACAAUGAGUUUAUUGAAAAAAUGUUCCAAACUGCAACUCGCGGCCUUAUUUUGGUAUUUUGCAUAACGAUUUUACUUUAUUUGGCUAUUUUCCCAUUUUACGUGUAUGUUUUCAAACUGAAUAGGAGAAGGGAUAACAAGACAGUGCUAUUUCCAACUGUCAAUCAUUUCUUUCAAAUGGUGAAAAUCACUUACUACUUGUUUGUCGUAUCGGUUAUCUGUACAAUUUUGAUGUAUUGUACUCCACUUAACCACGGGAUACUUUUCCAUCUCAUUAUGAUGGUUCUGAUAGCUUUUAUAAUGUGUACAUUAUACCUUUGCACAAGGAAAUCGUUCUUUACUUCAUCUACAGUUUGAAUAUCAAUAGUAGUCGUACAAGAAUAAAUUUUGGGCUAUAUUCUAUGAUAAUCGUUGCUCUAUUCUAUGCGUUACUGUUUUUUUCUACGACAUUUUAUAUUCCAAUUAUGUUGAGUGCUCAAAAAAUGUGCUCAGCUCAAAAUUGUGCUGUGCAAAAGUAUAUAUACUGGCAGACCCUAACAGUCUUUGUUUGUAAAUCGAUAGCUAUAUUAAUUUUCAUUUACCAAAUCACUUUUGGCACAUAUCCCCCGUCUGAGUGUGCAGUUCUCAUUGUAACUACAGAUAUUGUCACAACUCCAUUGUUAGUUGAAAUAUCGUACGUGGGAAGUAACAGAUGGAAAUCAAAACCCAAUGCAAAAUUCAAGUGGAAUAGAUUCUUCAGAGUGAUGUUUGAUAUUAAGAAGGCAUCAGUUGUUGCGCCAAAAUUUUGA